AACAGUCGACGGUGAAGCACUGCUCUCUGUGCUCUGUAGUCUGCUCGUCGUCCUCCGUGUCGUCCGUGUCACUAUUUGUGGCUGCCUACUCUCUACUAUCAUCUAGAUCAGCGAUCACGCCCGACACUCUGACUACUUGUUCCUGGAAGCCUCGCAGGCGUCGCGAUCUUAACCAUGAACGAUACUCAGGACCAGGGCCGCCGUCCAAAGCAACCUGUUGGCUCCCCUCCGGGUCAUUCUGUGCUGGCUUACAUGGCUUUGGACUCGGAUGGUAGUCACGACUUUGGGCACUCGACAUCACCUCCAAGGAAUGGACCAGCGUCGGCUCCCCCAGUAAAUCCCUCCCAGUUGCCCGAGCGGCCUAAUUAUCCUACUAGAUCUUCCACUGCUCCUUCGCCACAUGAACACGAUCACAGGAAAGCCAAGGAUCCGGAGCGUAGCCAUUCACGUAGCGAUGAUUUGAACCACACCAAUAUUAACGUUGGUAGUGAUCACCAUGAAUCCGAUCAUGCAACUGGCAGAUCACCCGCCUACCUGACGGCCAGUCGACCAACAACGCCCCCCAGCUCUAGUAAACACAACCAACCUUCCUCUUCUGAAUAUGCCGACACAUCGAGACGACGGCCUCGUAGUAUUGCUUCUGACACUUCACUCGAUUCUGAUUCAUCCGCCACUGGCGGCACAAACCCAGGUGCAGUAUCGACGACCACUCAUACUUCUAACAGCAUGAACAGCAUGAACACAACAACAUGUACGGCAUGUGGGAAGGCCAUGCAAGGAGCCUUUGUGCGUGCACUUGGUGCAGUCUAUCAUUUAAAUUGCUUCAAGUGUAUGGAUUGUGGCACUGUCGUCGCUUCGAAAUUCUUUCCCAUUGAUGGACCCGACGGCAAACAGCAUCCUUUGUGCGAACGUGAUUAUUUCCGAAGGUUAAACUUGAUUUGUGCGAAAUGCGGUCAGGCACUCCGAGGAAGCUACAUCACAGCAUGCAGUAAAAAGUUUCACGUGGAACACUUCACCUGCUCAGUGUGCACGACACUAUUUGGUCCUCAAGAUUCGUACUACGAACAUGAUGGCGAUGUCUAUUGCCACUAUCACUAUUCCACCAGAUUCGCGACCAAAUGCGCAGGUUGCAAUAGUGCGAUUCUGAAGCAAUUUGUAGAAAUCAACAGGAAUAUGAGGGACGAGUGUUGGCACCCGGAGUGUUACAUGAUCAACAAGUUCUGGAAUGUUAAGGUCGUUACUCGCCGUCCGAACAGCGGUCUAUUACCCCCUUCUGAGAACGGGGAAGGUGAGCAUGAGAAGGUCGAACCUGAGUACGUGGAGGAAGAGCGGAAAGAAACUGCUACGUCCCUACGAGACAAGCAGAUCAGGAUGGAACAACAAGUCUAUCGUAUCUGGACUGUGCUUUCGGCAUUCGAGGAAUCGAGUGCGGCAUGUAUCUCAGAUAUGUUGCGGCAGGUCAGCAACGGGCAAUACCUAGAAGCCAUUCGAAUGGCGGAGAAGUUCAUUCUACAUGUCGAGGUUUUAUUUGCCACGAUUGAUGACUUGGAGUUCCACUUUGCUCGGUUGAACCUCAAAGGAAUGUCUCAUGUGCGCGAGGCACGUAUGCUCUGUCGCAAGACCGUAGACCUCUUCACGCUACUUUCGCAUACCCAAGAAACAGGUACCCGACGGAUGGGCAUGACACAAGAACUCCUCGCCCUUGUCACCGGUCUUGCCCAUUAUCUCAAGAUCCUCAUCCGUAUAGCACUCACAGGCGCGCUAAAGCUUGAGCGUGACCAGGGUGUCCGGGACGCUAUCUCUUCUUUCUUGGACAAACUUCACAUGCUAGCGAUCCAAGGUGGCAAUCCGUCCGCAAAGCGUAUGAUGAAGCGUGCGAAUGGGGAAGCCAUGCAACUUGAGGAUCAAGGCAAUGCGAGCACUCAGGGCGUUACUUACGGCUUCAAAAGUCUUGCUCCGGAAAAUGCUGGUGAAUCGCCAUUCUCACCGUCUCGUGAUCCGGUCCUUGCGCAGGUGGCUCCGGCGUCGCAACCUACUGACUCAUGCGCAAAAUGCAAGGGCACAGUUGAGGAAGACUGUGUUCGGCUUGGUACCUUCCAACGCUGGCAUUCGCACUGCAUCCAAUGUGCCACAUGCGGAAAACCUGCUGCCGUUCCGGUACCCAAGGAGCCUGCGGCGCAAAAAAGCAUCGAGGGUGGAGACAAGGGGGAUGAUAAAGACAAGGAAAAGUCAGAAGGUGGAGCUAAACUUUCUUCCGCACGACGACCACCUGCGAACGUGAAGGCAUUCGUGUUCGAGAUCGACUCGAUGAAGGACACCGCUGAAUUCGGACGAGUUCCUACGGUGUUCUACUGCACGGACCAUGCACAUUCCAAUUGUCGUGGCGGUUUCCAAGCUGUUUCGCGGUUGGAACAAUACGCUUUCUUGCUCAACGUCGCUCUGCGUCGACUCUAUGUUCUGCUGAGGUCUCGGGGUGUCGUUCCUGCUACACCUUCUCCCAUGCACAGUCAGGCCGACCUAUCACAAGAUCCAUACCGCAACUCGAAGGAUAUCAAUCGUCUGAAGUCAAUGCCCCUUGACCGUAAACUAUCGGCCACCGCGCGCGUAGCCAAGCAUUCCACUAUUGUGGAGAGCCCGACAGGCAGAGUUGCUCAAGCUUCUGAUACAACACACCGAGAUGGCUCCUCCGCGCAGCAACGGCCUACACCUCAACACUCACAAUCGAACCGUUUACAGAAACCGCCUCCUCAGCAAGGGCAACACCAACGACCUCGUAUUAAUACGCCGGGGACGAUCGAUCUUGAUUCGCAAGGUCAAUUUAUGCGACCAGGGCUUACGCGCAACAACACGGAGGUGAUGAUUGUGGAUGAUUCUGCACCUACGUCUCCUGCCGGUGGUGUGGAGGAGCCUAGGCUUCCUGGUGUUGAUGAUGGAAUCACCCUGGCUGAUAUUCCUCAGAUAGUAGAGGCUGCGCAAGCGCGAGAACAACACCGUUCAUUACCACGACAGAGUUCUGUUCCAUAUAUCGCGGAGUUGAGCCCCUUAGAGCUUGCGAUUGUGAAGCAUGCUGCUGUGCUGGCGCUCCAGCGUUCGCCUUUGCGAGAUCAGUUUGAUCUGGAGGAGAUCCUGGAACUGGUGGAAAUGAAGAAGAGCUCGUUCUGGAAUAAGCUUUUCAAAGCUAGUAAUGACAAGAAGGCUGUCAAGAAGAAGGGUGUCUUCGGUAUUCCCCUCGAACUUCUUGUAGAACGUGAAGGUGCAGACUCUUUGCACGGGGCCUCUAGAGCACCCCUAAGAGUACCCAGUUUCAUUGACGAUGUAGUAUCAGCGAUGCGGCAAAUGGAUAUGUCUAUCGAGGGUAUCUUUCGUAAGAACGGCAAUAUCAGACGGUUGAAAGAGCUCACCGACGCGAUUGAUCGUGAUCCAUCCUCCGUUGAUCUUACGCAGGACAAUCCUGUCCAACUCGCUGCUUUGCUCAAGAAGUUCCUUCGUGAGCUACCAGAUCCACUCUUGACCUUUAAGCUUCACCGGCUGUUCAUCGCGUCACAAGGCCUACCAAACGAGGCCGAUCGCAAACGGUUACUCCAUAUGAUCUCCCUUCUCCUUCCCAAAUAUCACCGUGACACGAUGGAAGUGCUCUUCGUGUUUCUGAAAUGGGUUGCUUCUUUCGCUCAUAUUGACAAGGAGACCGGCAGCAAGAUGGAUCUACAAAAUCUGGCGACAGUUAUUUGUCCGAGUAUCCUGUAUUCACGAGGGAGAGACGCAGUUCGGGAUGAGAGCUUUGGAUCGAUUCGGGUAGUCAGCUCACUGUUAGAGAACCAGGAUGAGUUCUACUUCGUCCCGGAAGAAUUCCUGCCGAUUUUGCAAGAUCAGGAUUACUUUGCGAGUAGCAUGGAGCUUCCAAGCAAGGAUUUCUUGAAGAAAUGCGAUACCUACAUGCGUAUCAGAGCCAGCGGACGUACGCCGGGCCUCAUGUCUCCUGUCAACGGCCCUUCGUCUUCGCCGUUCAGUACCCCGCGUCCCGAGGACAUGAGGUCAGUGCCACCCCGCGCGACGCAGUCAAAUCCUCAAUUGCUUGAGCGGCCCCCAAUGGGAGGGCCUUCGGCCUCAGAAGCCCAGAUACGCAAUGGGACACAGUCACGUCAUCAGUCACCGCCUACUCUUAAUCACUCCCCGUUCUCCUAUCCGGGAGGUGCCUCAGCUCCUUCGUUAACACAAGGAAUGGCGAACAUACAAGCUCCUCAGCCGAGACAUGCUAACGGACAAGUAAAGGGCGAGUGGGCACAACCGCUUGAUCGACCGCCACCAAUUUCACAAUCACCUAGUCGACCGGGUUCGGGGCCAUCAUCGUUUGCGCCAUCGAGUUCAAGGACGAGCGGGGACCUUCCGAAUCCUUACCCACUUAAUGGUCAUGCUGCUUAAGUAGUGCGACGAUGGAUUUGAUGCGUUUCUUAUUAGGGUCUUGUGUGUGUAGGGUAAUUGUUAUAUUUGAUAUCCCCCUCCUUGCUCACUUUUCGCUCUUCAUUCGGCUCUUUCUCGCUCGCUUUCUCCCCUUUUCAUGAUUCCCUUAUCUUCGCUUCUCUUUCGUUGCAUUUCUUUCCUUUUUUGCUUUUUUUCGCACCUCCCCAUCUGUACAUCACAUACUCCCCCUCAUCUACUUAACCUAUGAUCAUGGACCAAUAUCCCGAGGUAUAGUUUCUUUUUACUCCCUUUUGUCGAUCUUUGAUACCCUCCUUCACUGUCGCUGGAGAACAAUCGCUCACGAAUUACAAAGAACUGUUGAAAUGCAGAUCAUUAUAUCAUUAUCUUGCAGGCAUUUGUUUUGUGAGCCGGACAUUGCGCGUAGACAUUUCCCUUAAGACUGUCGAGGUUUCUUUCGUACAAUGAAUAGUACUGUGUACUGCUUCCUUACACGCAAUUUAUCGAUAUCGAACCAGGACAAAACUACGGUACGCGAUGGUCAUGAUCCUCGUUGGCAUACGCAUGGAGC